UUGCUUGAGCAGUUAAGUGUGAUUCAGUCUUUCCAGGGACUUCUUUGUGGUGAAAGGUCUGAAGUGGCGUGCAUCAUCGUUCUUUAUAUAGCUGAUGACUAGUUUUUCAAGUCUACAUGUAUGCCCUUCUUAGAGUACCUCAACCCGGGUCGUCGACCUAUCCAGUACAGAUAGAUUUCUGAAGAAGAAAGGACUUUGGGGGAUCUGGCGUGCGUAGUGCGUGACAUCCCGUCCUCUUGCCAGAAAAGCAAAUUUGUCAUGUGACCUUUUUUGCGCAACUCGUGGCAAAGAUCCCACUGAGGUUUAGUCAAAGUCAUGCGGGUAAACUUCUCUUCCGGCAUGUCCGGGCGGAUGGGUGCUCCUCCCCGUUCAGGAUUAGGUUAAUUUGUAGUACCGGACGAAGAAGGUGGGGCUUACACUCAACUACUGCGAAUGUUAGUAACUUAACUCGCUGCAUUUACAAACACUUGCAUUCUGGACUUCACCGAGUUGAUUUUGAUAAAAGAGACAACCACGAGAGUUCAUAAUAAGUCACUUGUAAAGUUGCGGUCAAGUUGAUUGACUGGCCAGGAAUUUCACUUGUUGGCAAGUUUCACUUUUUGUUUCAAUACUUCAUUGUCCUGGCGAUUGGCCGUGGCGAUCGAUUAUGUAUCCAACAACGGCCAAACUUGUAAAGGUUGAAGCGGAUUACACUGCGUCUGAGGACAUCAUGGACAUCUCAAGUUAUGCUCCCCCUAUGACAACUUCUCACCCGAUGAGCACACACCAAAGUGCUAUCCCUACCUCUGUCAUCACCCCAACCUCUCUGACUAGUGGCUGGUUGCCCCAUCUCAACAACAACAUCCACGGCGGUAACUUUGUGCCACCCUCGGUGUCUUCAAGUUCCCAUGGUUCUAUAACCGCCAGACACCAAGGAUCACGAGCCGUCCACCAUGGUCGAGUCAGAUCUAGUGACCUGGAACUAUUGAGGAUGUCCCCAUCAACAUCAAGAAGGAGAAUCAGAGAUGAAGAUUUGCCGCCCGAGGAAAGAGACAAAAGGCGCAUCCGUCGUGAAAGGAACAAGCUUGCAGCCGCCAAGUGUCGCCAGAGGCGGGUAGACCACACCAACUCUCUCAUUGGGGAAACUGAAGAUUGGGAAGAGAAGAAUGCCACCCUGGAGCAGGAAAUUUCUAAGCUGCAUCAGCAAAAGGAACAACUUGAGUUUAUUCUGGAGGCACACAAGGCAAUGUGUCGGCAGAACAAAGCCAACAAACAGACAGCCACAACCUCCACGGCUACCUCCACCAGCAGCCUGGAAACCCCCACUACUGAAGUGGUCACGCCCACCAGCGUCUUCAAUUACACCGUGGGAACUACGGUUCACAAUGGCGACGCGAGCGACAACAUCUUGAGUUGUGGAAGGGAGGCUAUCAAAUCAGAGAGCAGCAACAGUGAUAUGUCCAGUCCGGAAGCCAAUAGGACACUGAUUCAGCUUUGAAACGGAGACUGGGAGAAGAACAAAAAACUGAUGAUGUAAAAAGUGUCCAGCUGGCAACAAGAGAUGCUCUGUCUGUCUGCUAACAACCCUAUCCAAGAUCCUAUCCAACUCUAGAACCUUUAACAGCCACUAUGUAUUCAAUUAAACUGACUUCAAAAAAUAUUGCCUGCUCAAACAAGAAUGUUUUCCAACAUUUACGUAAACCUAAUGUUAUUCAUAACCUGAUUAUUAAUAAUGAUUAUGGAUGAAAUGAAGUACACCGAGAAAUUUUGUCAUUCACCCGCCAUCUUGAGUUUUCCCUACUAACGAGUAAUGAGGCAACCGUAGCCUACUGCCUGCUAUUUGCCAUUCUGACCUAAGGGAAUAAAAACGUUUACAGAUGGCGGCCUUGCAAAAUUUAUCAGGUGUUUUCAAACUUGCGGUUUGAAGAUAUUCAGUAGUGUAUCAUGUAUUUGAAUGAGAUCAGAGCUAAAUUAAAGUCUCGGCAAUCCAUUCCAACAUCCUACGUUAUUAAUGUAGUCUCUUAAGCGACUGAAACAAUGUGUAAUAAUUUAAAGUGCAAUAAUAUUUUUUGCUGAUAUCACUGAUAUCAAUAGCAUAUCUGAAGCUGUUCUCUUCAAUAGCAUAGUAAAAAAAUGAUAAAUGCCAAUCAUGCCAAUUAUUAAAUUAUGAUUUUUAAUAUAAUUAUUUCAAAUAAGGGCCUUUCAUUAAAUAAUUCGUCGAUAAUUUAAGAUUGCAUGAAUUCGCAAAAGGUUUGUACCCAAUGUUCAUUUCAGCUUUGUGUGAUGUGACCACUUUUGAGUUGUGUUAAGAUGAAUCUCCUAAAGGUGUCUAGCAUCUCGGCUUCCGCCCACGCGUUACAGUGUAGACUUAGAAUGAGGGUCUUGCUCGGAAAGAGUGAGUCAGUGUUUUAUUACUCAUCGCAAAAAGUUUGAGAGUAGUUCCCGUUUUUCUUAUCCCUGGGAAUAGUGAUCUAAUACCUCGCUAAUUAAUUUGACCUUUCAGAGAUUUUGUUGAGUCAUCGAUGGAUGGCUGUUCAUUUACCGAUGGGCGAGUCUACAUUUUCUCAUAACCUUUUGGAAGAGUAUGAGUCAAAUUUUUGUAUUUGUAUAAAACGCAGCAUUACAAGUUGCAUGAGAUUUUUUUUCUUUCAAAGAAAAAGAUAUGCAUUGAUGCCAUCAUUUCGAAAGUGUUUUAGCGAAUGAUGAUCAGAGAAGACUGAAAUAAACACCAGCGUAUUUGCCUUAUUUUUUAAAUGUAAAUCGUCGGUGGCUUGUCGAAAGCCGGAGGGUGAAGUACGUGUUAUCGUAUAAUGUAGGCCCAUUGCCGUUUAAGGUAAUUUUUUCCAUUUUUGUGAAAAAUUAAACAUUUCAAUUUUCUAAACAUUUGAACACUGCCAACGUAAUUGUUUUCAUGUAACGUACAUGUACAUGUUAACGUUUGCUAUAAUUGUUAUGUUUGCGUCACGUUAUAGCUUUACAGUUUUUGUUUAUAAAUUAUUUUUACACAUAACGACAAACGAAACAGCAUCUGUGCGAUGGAACACUGCUCCGUCAAAGAUAUUUAUUUAUUUAUUUUGUAAAUAACCAUAUAGGUGAAACAUGCACAGUAACAUUCGAUACAGUAACCAUGGAUUGUGUUGGAAUUCUUUGCAUUGGUAUCAGUUUCAUUUGUCUUUUGAACGUAGUGUCUGGUAGCCUCGAUUGUUGUGUGAACUGUGACGUGGUUAAUACAUUGGAAUUUCCGGAAAUAAAAUGUGUACAACUGUUGACAAGUAGCGCGUGAUCAUAAUGUCUUUGUGUAAAUGUGUCAAUUGAGACUAUGCGUCGUUUGAGUUUUUUACCCUUUUUAUCACUGCCAACAAAUUAUGUUUUAAAAUUACUGACAUCGAACAUGUACAAAUGUAUAGUUUGUGGCAUGUUAGAAAAAGUUAUUGUGCUUUGUGUAUUGUAGCAGUUAUUUCAUUAACGCACCAAGAUUUCAAAGAGUGUGUGCCAAGAGGCAUAAGGUCUCACGAAUUUUAGUGGACACAAUUGUGUAAUAAAACACUGCCAAUCUGUGCAGAGAUUGUGUG